AUGCGCACCGCCGGCGGGGCGUUCCUUCAUAAGAUAGCUGAUGGCAUCUGUGGCCGUGCGUAUCCUCGAUACCAGGAUUAUGGCAACGUUUGGAGCUUGACAGAGUGGAUGGAGGUUUUAGAAGAAACUAUGACGUAUUUCAAAACUGCAGUUGGCAAAAAUAUAUCUGAUGAAGAGGCUUCUCAGCAGAUAAUUGAGUUAAAUUCAGACUAUCAAGAAGCAAUCACAAAAUGUCUAAAGGGUAGAAAGGAAGAAAUCAGGAAUGCCCUAGUAGAAAAUGUACAUGCAAUCUCUUCUGCCCAGCUGCAGGACUUUGACUGGCAGUUAAAGCUUGCACUCUCCAGUGAUAAGAUCUCCAUGCUGCAAAUGCCACUCCUCAAUCUUGAUUUGGAUGUUAGAGAAAAUGGUGAAAUUAAGCCAAUUUCUAUAGAGAUGAAUAAGGAAGAGUUGCAGAACCUAAUAAAUGCACUGGAAGCUGCUAAUAAGGUUGUCUUACAACUGAAAUGAUGGAAUUCAGAUCAACAGUAUCUGCUGGUGAUGGCUCCCCAAAUGAUUUGGGGAAAAAAUAUAUUUACUGCAAAGUGAAAAGCUUUUGGUGCUGUAAAAUACUGAAGUCAGAAGACUUUUACGACUUGUGACCAAGUGAACUACUAAUCAUUCAGUAAAAAUAAAAAAUUCUUGUAUCUAUUUGACCAAAAAUAUGAAAAUCUAAUGUACUUUUAGUAGCUUUUAGUACUAAGGAUUUAUAGACAUUUGGAAGAGAAUUACUUACAAUGUGUGCCAUAUUUGUUUUGGUAAAACUUUGGCAGUGACUACACAGGUGCCUGGUAAAACUAAGGCAUCUUACUUGCAUUGUAUGUUACCUUAUCUAAAGUGCCACACUAACGAAGAAUAUGAGAGAGUAUUUGUAGCAUUAAUGUAUUUAUACUUGUAAAUAUGGUAAAUAAACACCUGACUUUGUGUGUGAAUAA